AUGGCGAGAGGAAACAACAAGGUGAAACACAAGGUCAGGAAAGACAAGGGGAAGCGCAAGAGUAAGAACAAAGAUAGGAGAAAUGGCAAGGGAAAGGGCAGACAAAUGAAAAUCAGCAAUUGGGUUGGUCGAUCCUCAAGUCCAGAACUAUGCCCAGACCCGGAUGACCUUGAGGGGAGAAACGCAAGGAUUAAUUUGAGGUGGAUUCAUGCUGGAGUACAUUUAGACGCUCAGUCUGAAGAGCGGGAUAUUUGGUACUCUUUCAUUGAACUCAAGGAUGGCUCACGCCGAAUAGUCUACUCACCCGAUUCAAACGGCUCUUUUCACGGUAACUUUAACGUCGGCCAAAUCAAGAGGAAUUUGAUCACUUUCGAUAAGCAUCAUAGCAGAAAGUGGUGCCACUUAUUGAAUCAGAGAGGCACCUGGACUUAUGGCAAAGCAAUGAAAGGUCGGCGUUGCCAGCGCCGAACGCUUCUAGAAACGUUUCUCGACCCGACUUUCGUCGACCCUUACCCUCACGGUAAAGACCACAAAUCCAUCGGCCCUUGUCUUAAUGUCAUCCACUACAUCAACGAUAAGUCCGGACCGCAUGUGGGUAGGGGAGGUGGAGGUAGAGGCUCCAGGAGUGCCUCUCCUGCCUUUACCCCACCUGAGCAAUGUUAUCCAGAUACCAAUAUCCCCUUUUCCACCGAAAGAAUCAAGAUUAAUGCCUUCAAGAAAGACAACCAUAAUAAUAAUGCUAUCAAGGUCAUUAGCAACUUCCUCACGGGAAAUAUCCCCUAUAAACCAUCCGACCAUGUUCAACGACAGCUGCAACUCGAUAAUAUAGAAUCCGCUUUCUACGAUCAAGGACAUAGAAUCGAUCGAGCAGCCGUUGACCACGCGCUCGAUAUUAUGGAAGAGCCAGGAUGUAAUGCAUUUGAUUCGAAUGUAUUCAUUCAAAAUCUUCCUCUUAGGGUUGAUCAAUACAAAGGAAAUGAAGUUGAGGAGUUAAUUCAGAAGGUUGGAGGUAAAAACCCUGAUCCCGAUGCCAACGAAGAAUCGGAUUCAGAUGACGACUCGGAGAAUAAUCAGGGAGACGAUUCGGGAGACGAUUCGGGAGAUGAUUCAGGAGACGACGGUGAUGAUCCGGAUAGCCUUUUCGUGGGCAGAAAACCGAAGCCAAAGCGUCCACGUCCAGGUGGUCCUAAGAAAUUUAGCCCAAAGUUUAGGCAGGACUUGCAGGAGGAUGAUUCUGACGGCCUCGACUUUCUCCCGGAUGAUUCACCUUUGAAGGGAAAGGCGUCAGCUUCGAGAAAGCGUGUUAGUCAGGCGGCUGUUGAGGUUCAGAAGCAGAUAAUACAGGAGAUUAUCAAGGUAGAGGAUGAGGUUCAGGACAAUGACUAUUUUGAGGUCGACGAGGAUCGCAGCACCCCAGCUCCCCUAUCCAAACGCAUCAAAUCCGAGCCUCCAAUGUUCCAAAGCAACCAGGACAAUCCGAUUGUGAUCAACGAAGACCCCUUAUUCGAGGAUGACUCGGACGUCGAGUUUAUUGAAGAGCGUGUCUGGACAAAGAAAGAACCUUUGGACGGCAUUAUCGCUGACAUGACAAUGGUCCGUCCAAUUCCUCAGUCUCCGCUGAACUUUCUCACUAACGUCCAAUUCCAGAAGGAUAACUAAUCAUCUCAUGUCGCCUUUUCCCGCCGAACUUCAUUCUUUAACAUGGGCGAGAAAUAAAUUUCUUUUGUCAUUCUAA